AUGUCCAGCGCUGCCGCCCAGUACAAAAAGCAGGAUGGCACAGUCUCCGUAUCUGCAGACGGCAAGACCGUGUCCUGGAAGUCUGCGAAUGGCGCGGCUGCUCCUCUAUCGAUAACUAUAGCAGACAUUGGGAACUCUGCGCCGCAGCCGGGCAACUUCACCCUCACCUUCACAUCUCCCGCCGCACGCGAUGACCAGCAAACCAUCACUGGCCUCCUGCGCAAGUGGAUCGAGGCUUCCAAGGCGCAACCAGCCUCCACUCCGGCCCCGAACCCUAGCGAUGGAGAUGGCGCGCCAGGGUCAAUGGCAAUGGCGCAGACUGUCACGGCCGCGGCAAAAGGCAGCGACGAGUCCUACGACGAUGCUCAGCUGUUGACAAACCUGGAGCUGCAGAUGUCGCUACUAAACACAAAUCCAGGUUUGCGCCAAAGGUUCGAUCGGGCGCUGGCAGAAAAGCCCGACUCCGUAUCACUGAUACAGUUUACCAACCAGUUUUGGUCCACCCGCGUGCAUAUGCUUCGUUCACACGCAAUCGAGCGAUCGCAGGAGAGCGGCACUUACAACGUCAUUUCUGUCAUCAAGACCGUACCCGUGAACGGUGAACAGAAACUCAGCAUAACUCAGGAGCAAAUAGCCCUCGUGUUCAGACAACAUCCAAUCGUGCAGAAAGCCUUCAACGAAAACGUUCCCCCUCUGACUGCAGAGGGUUUUUUCGAGAGGUUCUAUCACAGUCGCCUGAUGAAGAAGCUAAAGGGCGAGCGAAUACGGGAGCAAGACGUACUUGACCCUAAGCUGGACAAGUACCUGCACUACGACGAGGCGGCGGAUGAGUCUUUGAACCUGAUGGACUCAAUACCGCUAUUCAUCAACAUUGAAGGAAACGAGCAGAAUCACAGCAAGAAGCAGGGCAAUCGACCGGACUUCACCAUGAACCCUUCUUCUCAUGAUAAAGCACCGAUACUACGGAUUCUGAAUCGUAUGAGUGAAAAGCUGUUGAAGGAUGUCCCGAAUUCCGAUGCCGAUCGCCACGCUCCCGUGGGAGUAGACGAGGAAACAUACAAGGAACUACAGCUACGCGAUCUGCAACGUGCAGACGAGGACAACAGAGUGGUGCUUCAAGUGCAGGAUCAGGGGCGACUUUUUGCUUCGGGACAAAGCAUGCAGUCCUCGACUAGUGCCGCUACAUAUUCCCAGCGUACCCCUGCCCAGGCUCUUUCGAUCUUACGACAAGAUUUUGGGGUGAUCAGCGCCAACCGAAGCAAAGCGAUCGGAGUUGACCUCGAAACAACGCUCGGCAUCAAUGAUGACAGCAGCAGUGACGAAGAAAACGCCCCGUCGAAAAAGCGAAAGAUUGGCAGCAAAUCUUCAAGAAAAGCAGCCACAUCGCAAAUGGUUACAGCUAUCCGGAAACGACACCUGCAUGACGAUGACUACUAUUCCUCCAAAACAAUCCCGAUCGGUGAGCAAGCUAAGAAGCUGUCCAUCUCCGAGUCGAUGCUCAACAACUUGAACAUGAUACAUAACACGACUGUUGAGUUCCUGCAUUAUUUCUGGGCUGUCUUCCACUCCGGCAAUCCCGACCGCGCCAACGAAGUCGCAAAACUCAUAGAGACACUCGAUAGGUCCUUAGAUCGAGUCAAGGCCGUUUCGGAUGCUGCAGAAGCAGAACGAGCGACCCAGGUUGAGCGCUACAAACGGGAGGUCGAAAAUUACAACCAGCGAUCCGGGAAGAAGAAGAAAUUUGAUCCAGAACACGUCAGGGGUGGAGCGAAGGCCGUCGACCAGAUUGUGGAACCCUUGCUUCGCGCAAUCAAUGCUGCGAGGAGUCAGUAUCAGACUGCGCUGCAAGAGCAAUUGCGGCAGACCGGCGCGGCGAAUGCGGCAUGA